AGGAAACCCUAACACUGCAUUUCCUUCCAUUCCCUCUCUUUCUCUCUCUCUACGGCAACAGAUCGAUCGGGAGAGAGAUUCGCAGCAGCAGCACCACCACCAUGGCGGCGAGCGAGACCACGGCGCUGCACUUCGCGUCCCCGUCGACGAGCCUGACCGCGAGGGUCCACCCGCUGGUGAUCUUCAACAUCUGCGACUGCUACGUCCGGCGCCCCGACCAGGCCGUCCGGGUCAUCGGCACCCUCCUCGGCUCCGUCCUCCCCGACGGCACCGUCGACAUCCGCAACUCCUACGCCGUCCCCCACAACGAGUUCUCCGGCCAGGUUGCGCUGGAUAUUGAGUAUCAUCAUAACAUGCUGAUAUCUCACCAAAAGGUGAACCCAAAAGAAGUCAUUCUCGGAUGGUAUUCAACUGGCGAUGGUGUCACUGGUGGAAGUGCAUUGAUCCACGAGUUUUAUUCUAGAGAAGUUUCGAACCCUGUACACUUGACCGUUGAUACAGGAUUUAGCAAUGGCGAGGCUUCGAUCAAAGCUUAUGUUUCUACUAAUUUGACUCUUGGGGACCGACAGCUUGCUGCCCAGUUUCAAGAGAUUUCUUUGGAUCUGCGCAUGGUGGAAGCAGAGAGAGUUGGAUUUGAUAUCUUGAAGAAACAAUCGGUUGAUAAAAUUCCAGGCGAUUUGGAGGGAAUGGAAGCUUCUAUGGAACGUCUGCUAGCUUUAAUUGAUGACGUCUAUAAAUAUGUCGACAAUGUUGUGGAAGGCCGCACCCCUGCUGAUAACAGUGUUGGAAGAUUUAUAGCAGAUUCAGUAGCUUCCAUUCCGAAAAUGUCACCGCUGGCCUUUGAUAAGCUCGUGAACGACAGUAUACAGGACCAGUUGCUAUUGCUUUACCUGUCGAGCAUCACGAGGACACAGCUCAGCUUAGCAGAGAAAUUGAACACGGCAGCACAGAUCCUGUAAAUCAAUUCCGUACCCACUCUAGCGCCUGAAGGGAAAUUCAUCUGGCCUAGUCUUGUUUGUCGGUGUACGGUGACCACCAUUAGAUUGCUGACGAUUGUUUUUGGAAGUGAUUGUAAGGCUUCUUUUAGUAUUUGAUUGAGGGGGGGAAGUUUGUGACCUUCAGAGAGAUGAGAGAUUUUCAGUUUACCUGCGGUGGGAAUCUGUCAAGCAUCACACCAAUUUUGGCGUAUCGAAAUUUCCACCUAUCCAUGAAAUAUGCAACUUUGAGGAAUUACUAUGAAGUUAAAUUCUUUUC